AAACGUUUGAGUAAUUCACCGCGCGCUGGGCAUGAUUGCACAAUUGGUCCCGUGGAGGGGUCCCUAGCCCUACAACGAGCAGAGACAAGCCUGUGAGUUCCCAGAAAGCGACCGUGCGAUGAAGCCGGAGCAGAAGGCAGGUCCAACUAUUUCUCAAGUGUUUAGAAAUCCGUGAUUCCUCUCUGAUUUCGCCCGCAGUUGCGCAUUCCAGAGGGGAGCCGGAGCGGAUGGCCCUAGCAGCAGCACUCCACGCAUUCUUUAUUUAUUCAUUCAUUUCCUAUCACCACUGACUGCUGCCAACUGAAUGCGUCGGAGUGGUUGAGGGAUAGAUACCUCUUUGUUUUCGUCCCCCGCCUCCCUCUCUCUACUUGCUCCAGAACUUCUAACCAAGCUGACUAAGGAUGGACGGGAACCGAACCAUCGACCCAAGCUGCAGUGAAAAACCUCCCGUGGCCAUCGACAUCAUUCUCCAGUUGGACAUCUUUGGUAUCAUCCUGUACUCAGUGCUGACCUUCAUGGCAGCGGUGUCCAUGCUGGUCUACAUAGAGGAGUGUUGGUACAUCUACCGGAAGAUUCCCUCCCACAAGAAGAGCGCCAUCAUCUGGGUCAACGGGGCAGCGCCGGUGAUUGGCACCAUGUCCUGUCUGGGGAUGUGGAUUCCCCGAGCCACCAUGUUUACUGACAUGACCUCCGCCUGCUACUUUGCGAUCGUAGUGUUUAAAUUCCUGGUGCUAAUGAUCGAGGAGGUCGGGGGUGACGAGGCCUUUCUACGGCGAGCAGGGAGGAACAAACUGAAGAUCAGUACUGGUCCCUGUUGCUGCUGCUGCCUCUGUCUACCCCAUGUUAACAUCACACGACGGAGUUUGUUCCUGCUGAAGUUGGGAUCGUUCCAGUUCGCCCUGAUGAAAGUUGUCUUCACCAUUCUGUCAGUCAUCCUCUGGACCAAUGGCAACUUCGAUGUUACAGAUACGGCGGUAACGGGAGCGUCUAUCUGGAUAUCACUGGGAGUGGGGGUCCUGACCAUCAUAGCACUGUGGCCUGUAGCCAUCAUGUUCAUGCAUCUCAGGACCGUGCUGCGCAGCCUCAAGAUCAUUCCCAAAUACGCCAUGUACCAGCUGGUGCUAGUGCUGAGUCAGCUCCAGUCAGCCAUCAUCAACAUCCUGGCUAUGAUGGGAACUAUCGCCUGCACCCCUCCAUACUCCUCUCAGGCCAGGGGAUACUUGAUGAGUCAACAGUUGUUAAUCCUGGAGAUGUUCAUCAUCACCUUGGUAACCCGCAUGUUGUAUCGUCGCCAGUACGAGCCACUCCCUGACGACGAGCAUGAUGACGACCACACUAAGAUGGUUCUAUCAGGCGAGAACUCUGGCAUAGCUUGAGGAAGAGAGAAAGUGUGUGUGUGUGUGUGUGUGUGUGUGUGUGUGUGCGCACGCACGCACGUUUAAGGGAGAAUUAUGUGGGAUCAGGGUCCGUUGGAGAAUACUGAUAUAUUCUCAAAUGUGUAUAUGGACUAAACUGACAGAACGCAAUGGAUGACCUGAGCUUAUUGUGUUCUGUUACACUGAAUUGUGCAAUAAGAAAUCAUUUCUUCAUCUCUCAGCCAGUGUGUUUGGAUGUGAUAGUGUUGCUGUUAUGUAACUGUAAUAUAAGAAUGAUUUCAGAAAUGUAUUUUUAUCACAAGUUAUAUGUUUUGCCAUUGUGAACUUUGUACUGUAUCAUAAUGAUCAAUUUAUAAUGUAUACAUUUUUUUUAACGUUUUAAUUUGA